GUAAUUUCAGGGAAUAAAACGAUUAAUUCAAGAUUUUGCAUGUAAAUACAAGGAUAAGGAAAUAGGAACUUUUGUGUUUAAUCUGACAACCUGCAGACUUCAUGACCAUUAAUUCAGUAUGUUUUAUGACAGCUUAAUCCUAAUGCUUUCACUGCCACGCUCAAGAGCAUGCAUGAUGGCAGCAAAUUUUCAAAGAUGGUGAUAUACAUGGACAGCGAUUACUCUGGAGCGAUGUUCGAAGACCUUCCCAAGGAUAUAGACGUCUUUGCGUUGGCUUCAUGUCACAAAUAUAUCGAAAACACUCCCACUGAUUACGAUCAACAGAGGAAAGUCUACCUCUCUGAUUUAUUCUCAAGUACUUGGCUGAGGCACCUUAACGAGGUUGACUUUACUAAAGACACAUUCCAUGAACUGGUAAAGAGUAAACAACCUAAUUACACUGAAGAUGGAUCCUGCCCCUGCCAGUUUGGGGACUCGGAAAUUACUAAAUGUCACCUCAGUGAAUUUCUGCAACAAUGAACACCCAACAAGCUGUCCAAACCUUGUUCAAGAAAACGUCCAGCUGAGGAUCAGGCAAAUGACCAGAGUAAUACUGAUGACCUUUUGUACUAGUUUCUUGUUUCAGACUUACAGCUUUGUGAUUAAAAUUAAAUGUAUUGCAAAAUAGCAUACACUAUCAUUAAAAAAGGUUCCUGGUUUGGGGUUGAUUUUUUUCUUCUUCUGUUCUUUUUUUCUUAUAUUCUUAUGUUCACCAAGGCUGCAUUUGUUUGAUCAAAAAUAGAACCUAAAAAAGUAAUAUUGUGAAAUAUUGUACCAAAAAUAAAAUAAAUCUGGGAAUAAGGUUAA